CAGCCGCGCAGGCAACCACCCCACCCUUCUUCUCGAAACCUCUUCGGUCCCAAACCCCACCAAGGCCACCACUCCUCGUCCCCUCCUCCACUUCCACUUCCACACUGCUCUCCCCCUCCCCUUCCUCCCGCUCCGGCGAAGGCGAGCGCGCGGAUCGGCGUGAUGGCGGCGGCGGCGCCCUCUCCCCCACCCGUCGCGGCGCUGGAGCAGAUGAGCAGGACCAAAAUGUUCGGCGGCCACAACCUCCGCUUCCGCCACCACAGCGCCACGCUCGGCUGCCCCAUGACCUUCUCCGUCUUCCUCCCGCCGUCGCCGGCAUCCGACCUCCCCGUGCUGUACUGGCUCUCCGGCCUCACGUGCAACGACGAGAACUUCGUCACCAAGGCCGGCGCGCAGCGCGCCGCCGCCGCCCACGGCAUCGCCCUCGUCGCCCCCGACACCUCCCCACGUGGGCUUAAUAUAGAGGGAGAGGCAGACAGUUGGGAUUUUGGUGUUGGUGCUGGAUUCUAUUUGAAUGCAACAAAUGAAAAGUGGAAAAAUUGGCGCAUGUAUGACUAUGUUGUGAAGGAGCUUCCAAAAGUUUUAAGUGACAACUUUGAACAGCUGAACACUUCACGGGCAUCUAUUUUUGGGCACUCAAUGGGAGGGCACGGUGCACUAACAAUCUACUUAAAGAACACUGAUAAAUACAAGUCGGUGUCUGCAUUCUCUCCGGUUGUCAAUCCAAUCAACUGCCCUUGGGGUCAGAAAGCAUUCUCAAACUAUUUGGGCCCAGCUAAAUCAGAUUGGAAGGAAUAUGAUGCAACCUGCCUGAUCAAGAAGUGCAACAAAAUUUCAACUCCUAUUCUGAUUGACCAGGUAUGACGUGGCAAUGAAUUGAAUCAGUUAUUGCAUAUAGGACUAAUCGCCAAUUGUCAUUCAAGUACUUGUAGGAGGCAUAAACAGUAAUUUGAAGUUGAACAAUUACCUCUGACCUUCAAUUGGUCUCCCCCUUCGAUGAUGAGCAAGUGAUGGUUAAUCAUAACUCAUAAGAGGGAGGCAUUUAUCAAUUUUAUGUGUGCUAGUAUAUGAGAGUCUGAAACCAAUUCUUUUGCACUGCAUCAUGGCGUGUUGCAACUAUUUUAGUUCUGUGGUGUGUAACUGUUAGCUCCUCAAGUGGUAAACAUCUACCGUUUAAUACAGUUAGAUUUGUUAGGAGUCUAUCAUAUGUUCACGCAGUAUCGCUGUAUCUGACAUACUUUCUGUUCCAUCAGCGUAGCAUCCUUUUUCCACCAGGUUGGCACAAUAACUGUACAAAGAUUAUAUCUCAUGGAUUGUGAGUUGUUGCCUCGUCAUGUCAACAAAACAGUUUGAAUAGAUUGAAUAACGCAUCAUUAGGUGUUGAUU